AGGUUGUGAACGGGGCCUGAGCCCUGGGGUCUAUAUUUACCGUCACGGCUGUUACCAGCGUGUUUAUCGAGCGCUGCCUCUGUGAGACGGCAAGGCUGGACAGCUCGGGCUCCCCCCGAAACCCCGGGCUGUGACUACCGGGAGGGGCGAGCUGGGCGGCCGCACGGAGGCCGGACGCUCCCCGCUCCUCGCUCCUCGCUCCUCGCUCGCUUGGCUGACGCUCCCUUUUCGUGUUUCGUCGGGUUGAGAAAUGCCUCCCUCUCCCUUGCGCGGAGCCUCGGCGCCCAGGCAGAGGCGGGCCUUGUUGCCUUGGCGACAGCCAGGUAGCGCCGAGCGGCCGCCCCGGCAGCCAAUUGAGGCGCGAGGGGCGGGGCCAGCCGGGUCUCGUGCCGCGGCGGCGGGGUGGGCAGGUGGGCGGUCUCGCCGGCCCCCAGGUCCGAGAAGCAUGAAGCUCCUGUGUCUGGUGGCGGUGGUCGGCGGCCUGCUGGUGCCCCCGGCCCAAGCCAACAAGAAACAUCAGUGGACACAUUUACAACCAGAAUGUGUCACAGAAGGACUGCAAUUGCCUGCACGUGGUGGAGCCCAUGCCCGUGCCCGGCCACGACGUGGAGGCCUACUGCCUGCUGUGCGAGUGCAAGUACGAGGAGCGCAGCACCACCACCAUCAAGGUCAUCAUCGUCAUCUAUCUGUCGGUGGUGGGCGCCCUUCUGCUCUACAUGGCCUUCCUCAUGCUGGUGGACCCUCUGAUUCGGAAGCCGGACGCCUACACCGAGCGGCUGCACAACGAGGAGGAGAACGAGGACGCCCGCUCUGUGGCCGCUGCUGCCGCCUUUGGGCCCCGGGCGAACACAGUCCUGGAGCGCGUGGAGGGCGCGCAACAGCGGUGGAAGCUGCAGGUGCAGGAGCAGCGGAAGACGGUCUUCGAUCGGCACAAGAUGCUCAGCUAGGCGGCCGGCGCCGCCAGGUCAUGGUCCAGGCGGGACCAGAGGCUGAGGCUGCUGGCUUCCAGGGCUGGACGGAGCCGGCCACUCUCCCUGCUCAGUGCCACCCUCCGGUCCCCUCUAAAGCCCGGGGCGUUUUUCCUUCUCCCUCUCUUUUGAAACGUGCUUGGCAGGGUCAUCCAGGAAGAGCGCUGGGUCCCUGGUCUGCUCGCCCGGGUGGUCUUCAGGGGGGACGGGACGGGACGGGACGGGCUGGGGCCUCAGGACUGGAGCGAGCCUGUCUCCCUGCCCCCAUGCUGCCACCCUCCCGGCUCCAGACCUUGGGGACUGUGUUGUCAGGACCUGAGUGUGCAGGAGACAGGCACGGCCAGCUUCCUCCCGGCCCGACUCCUCGGGCCCGGCGUGGCCUCGUUCCAGCCUUCAGGACGGCGGUUCUGCUGGGAGGGCAGAUGCUACCGCCCGGCCGUGGUCCUCAGGGCACACUGGACGCUGUUCCAGCUUCUCUUCCCCAUCCUCUCCUCCCGCCGACACGGGUAGAGCCCAGGACCCUGCUUUCUCUGCAGCCUGGCCCUGCUCCCACUUCAGGAAGCCAGGCCGUGCCCCGCCCCCACCCCUGUCUGCAGUUGCUGAGCCAUUGGUGGGACCACAGGACCCUGAGGCCGAGCAGUGGCUCCGAACACCCGGGCUCCUGUCUUGGAUCGCGACUUGUCCCUGAAUUUCAUUGUCCCAGUGCAUGGAGAGAAAUGUCAUCCUUCUGUUUCUUGUAAAUCAAGGAAGCAUCAUGAAAUUGUCUCUUUUCUCUCA